GACCUGCAGAAAUAGCUCUUUCUUACCGCGACGUGUAUUUUCGAUUUGAUAAGAUUACCCUUUAAUCUCCUGGAGAGUUCUUUAAAUCUGCGAAAGCUUCUUAUAUAUUAGGUAGCUUUUUUAUCUUCCCGCUUUAGAAGUUUGAUACGAAUGUAUCAAGAGAGCACGGCAUCUUCCUUCUGUACGACGGUGGAAUAACAAAUAUUGUUGUUGAGUCAUAAAUUAUUGCUAAAAUCAUUAACGAUUUUAGAUAUAUUCACUCUCUGUUAUCUAAUCAAGCAUAUUUAUCGAUUUAUAAAAAUCUGUUGUAAGAUAACUUUGAUCUGAUUUACUUAACGUAUAUUUUGGUUUCCUUAGAGUUAGUGCAUUACCAUUUCUUACAUUACAUAAAUUUAUUUCUUGCUUUAAACAAUGAAAGUUUCUGUUCGAAUUCGGGGUGAAUGGUUCGCUGUCCCUUGUAACAAGAGCAAUACGACGAUAGGAUGGAUUGGGGAAGAAGCUCUUCGCAGAUAUCAGAAACUGAAACCUAAAGGUUAUCAUGUAUCUGGUAGAGAGGAACGUAUCUAUCAAAUCCGAAAGACGAAGGGAGGCGCUAUCUUGGAUCCAGAUGACGAUGUGAGCAUCGUCCUUGAUGAUAAUGAUUUUCUAUCAGUAGUUUUGGAGACAGACAAAGCAAGUCCAGUUACAGGACCAGCGGAGAUUCAUUAUGUACCAGAACAAGUUCCAGGAAAAUUUAAAAUUCCUUCUGAGUUCCUCGUGUUGGAUGGUUUCAAUCUUUCCCCAGAAGAUUUGUUAAAACUUGGAAAAGGAAUGUUUAAAAUUAAAUUGAGCAUUGACUCGCAGGCGAGAAUCAACCGCUCAAGACAGUUACUAGAAACCAUUCUUAAAGAAAAUCGAGUAGCAUAUGGCGUCAAUACAGGCUUUGGAAAAUUUGCAACCACUGUGAUCAGCGAUGAGAAAUUAAUACAAUUGCAGGAAAAUCUCAUUAGAUCUCACUCAGCAGGUGUGGGUCAGCCUUUAACUCCUGAAAAGACACGGAUGUUAAUGGCUUUGCGUAUCAAUGUCCUGGCUAAAGGUUUCAGUGGCAUUUCAUUAGAUACUUUGAUGCAUGUUGUAGCUGCGUUCAAUGCUUCUUGUCUUCCUUGGGUUCCUGAAAAGGGAACGGUAGGGGCCAGUGGUGAUCUUGCACCACUUGCUCAUUUAGCAUUAGGUAUGAUUGGCGAAGGUAAAAUGUGGAGCCCGGAAACUGGAUGGGCAGAAGCGAAAUAUGUUCUAGAAAGCCAUAACUUGAAACCUGUCUCCUUGGGUCCCAAGGAGGGAAUAGCAUUGCUGAACGGCACACAACUAAUUACUUCAAUCGGAGCUGAAGCUCUACAAAGAGCCGAAAUUAUUGCCAAACAAGCUGACGUUGUGGCGGCGCUGUCUUUAGAAGUUUUGAAGGGCACAACGAGAGCAUUUGAUGGAGAUAUCCAAAAAGUUCGUCCUCACAGAGGACAAUCUCACGUGGCUAAGCGAUUGAGAUCACUUUUGCAUUCAGAUACUCAUCCUUCGGAAAUGGCAGAAAGCCAUCGGUUUUGUAAUAGGGUUCAAGAUGCAUACACCUUGCGAUGUUGUCCUCAAGUUCACGGCAUCGUUCAUGACACAAUUGAAUUUGUCCGGGACAUCAUCACAACGGAAAUGAACAGUGCUACGGACAAUCCUCUUGUGUUUGUGGAGAGGGAAGAAAUCAUAUCUGGUGGAAAUUUCCAUGGCGAAUAUCCUGCAAAAGCCCUAGAUUACUUGGCUAUUGGAGUUCAUGAGCUGGGAAGUAUGAGUGAAAGAAGAACAGAAAGGUUGAUUAAUCCAGCUUUGAGUGGUCUUCCCGCUUUUCUUGUCAAAGAUGGAGGUUUGAAUUCGGGUUUUAUGAUGGCGCAUUGCACUGCAGCUGCACUCGUGUCAGAAAAUAAAGUACUUUGCCACCCGGCGUCAGUUGAUUCCUUACCCACCAGUGCUGGCACUGAAGAUCAUGUAUCUAUGGGAGGGUUUGCGGCACGAAAAGCUCUGACUGUAGUUGAAAACGUUGAAAGUAUCAUUGCUAUAGAACUUCUUGCUUCCUGUCAAGCCAUAGAGUUCUUGAGACCUCUGAAGACCACUGAGCCUCUGGAAGCAGCGUAUGCUGUUGUCAGAUCGGUAGUCAAACCUUUGGAUAAAGACAGAUUUAUGGCACCUGAUAUUGAUGCUGUUACUGAGCUUUUGCGUGAGGAAAAAAUCUGGAAUGCCGUAAAGCCUCACAUGGAUCGCUAUUUCAUGGAACAAGGUGUGGAGACUAGGCCUUCUUCACCCACCACGAGUAGCACCUCAAAGAAACGACGACGUGCCAGCACAAAUUCCAACGGAUACGCAGUGGAGAAUUACAUCAUCCAUGCUUUCGAAAAUGAUGAUGAACUGAAUCACAAAUUACCUCUUAAAAUGCAACGACCAUUGUAUGUUGUUGAGGAACAAUAAUAUGUUAAUGAAUAAUCUUACUUUCAUAGGUCUUAUUUUCAUAUGGUUUUAUACCAUUAUUUAGAUACGUUUUUUAAAAUUUUGUAAAAUCAUAGCAAAUUUUGAAUUAUUAUUAUAAAAGAGAACAGGACUGAAAAAGCAAAAUCCUCAAAGCAAAAAUUAUCUUCAAUUAACCUUUAAUUGUCAAAUAUGCUUACAAAAUGAAGUAUGCUGAAUUUCCUUUCCUGAUGACUCAAAAAUGCUUAUCUAAAUUAAACUGCGAAUACGAGAAAAAUUGUAUUUCUGAAUUAAACAUUUUAAAAUUAAACUUUAAACUGUGCUUUUCCCCCCUCAGAAAUAAUUCUACCAUUAAAAUUAUGCACAAAGCUUUUAAAGAAAGUAAGGAACUAACUAGUGAAUUUUGUUUUCUUUUAGGACCUGAAAUUGUUUAAUACGUAUAUUUCACCAGCUCUCUUUAAAAUUCUGAAAAUUAUUCUCAUUUACAAGGCUCAUGCAAAAUAUUAAAUAAUUAGUAAUAUAGGCUUCCCUCCCCCCAAAAAAAGAAUUCUUCUUAUAGCAGGAAUGGGCAAAAUAAAUUCCACCUUUAAAAUAAUGUAAUUGUUUUAAUCAUUCAAAAUUAGACGAAUUCAACUUUAGAUUGAUUUGAUUUUGUAAAAAACUCACGGGACUUUUGACGAUGACGGAUUCGUUUUCAUCUUCAAAAACAAAAUUUAUAAUAUGAAAUUAAGGAUUUGUCAUAUCAUCUAUGAAUACAUUUUUUUAUUUUUACUUUUUAAAAUGUCAAAUUAUGCAUUAAAAGUUUUGUUUUACUCUUUUCAAGCUUUUAACAGUGAUUUACCAGAUAUUAAAAAAAUAAUUUGUAUUUGUGAAACAUUUUGAAAAUCACGUACUACUUACAAUAGGUUUAAUUCUUAUCCGAUACCUACGUCUACAAGAAUUACUUACUCAAAUAAAAGAUAGGUUAAAUUAUUUCGGGAUUUUGAUAUUUGUUUAUUGUAUCUUCUUGUUAUAUGCUUUAGUACUUUCAUACUAUUAGAGUCUUGACACACUUCUUUAUUAUUUAUUAUGUAUUUAGUAUGUGCUGUAUUUAGUAAGUGCUAUUAAUUUUUGAAGAACUCUGAGGCAGAAACUGAUUGAGGUGACAAAAAAGUAUUAAGUGAUGCUUGAUGGAUGUACUUUUCCAGGCAGCAAACUUUAAACAAAAAGUUACUUUGUGCUCUUAUACUUAGCAUAUUUUAUCUUUUUAUUUCUUUCCUUUUUUAACAUUGCUUUCUUCAGCAUACGUGUAACAUUUCAAAUAAAUUUCUGUAACUAUUUGACUGCCCACAAAUAUUCAUUACGAAUUUUGUUAUUAUUCAUUCUUCCAUCACUGAAUUGUCACAUUAACAAGUUAUUUAUGCUUAUUUUUAUUUCGAAAUUUUAUAAUUUCGAUCUAUAGCUUUUUAUCUAUAUUUCUAUCUGUCAGCUCUCGAAUUUUGCCUAAACUUGAGAGCUUUGUUGAAUCAUUGCUUCAAACAACUAAACUAAUUUCUAAUUCAAAAAAGUAAAUAAAAAACCAGUAGAUAAUGAUGCAAAUUUUAAAAGCAAACAUGAAUUUAAAUUUACUGAGAUACUAGCUGAGGCUGUAACCUUCUGUUUAGUGUCAUACUUCUAGAAAUAAUUCAGCAUUCCGUGCUGAGUGUUUGUCUUUGUUAAAUAUUGAAAUAAUUAUAACAUUUUUACUCUUCCUUAAAUUUUAAAAAUACUGGGAGAACCGCAAAUAAAGAAAACCUGAGGUGUUACUCAAACAACUUAUAUUUUUAAAAAUAAUGCUAAAAAAGUUCUAGACUUUUAAAUGUCAGAAUUUGAGAUGUUAGUUAGGUAUUUCUUUUACUUUUCAUUGGUAUGUUCUUAAUAAAUAUAGGCAUAUUUAAAACAAAGUAAUAUUAAAUUUGUUUUUCAUGAAACGCUGAUUUCAGAUUAAUGUUAUAAUUAAAAAAAUGUGACAUUAAGUGAAGUUUUUUUGUUACAAUUAUUCUCAUAUGAAGGAUUCGAGAGAUUCGAGAUCCUCUCUGAGAUUCGAAUUGUAAUUUUAGAAGAUUUAGGAUUCAUCCGCUUUUAAUAGAAGCUUAUUUUAGACGCAAAAUUAUUUAAAAAUAAACUAUUUUCUGUUAAUGAAAAGAGCAAUGGAAUUUAAUAAUAUAAUUUAUAAUUAAGUAAAAUUACUUUUGGCACAAUGUAUUAAAAACGGGUUUUAAAACAUAUAUAAUAUUUUGAAAACAUUAUUUUUACAUAAUGUGCAUUUUAUGAGUUAAUAUCAAAAUUAUCAGCAAAAGUUUUAAAGAUUUUUAUGUCUCAUGCUGCCAAGUGUACUUCUCCAUAUAUUUAAAGUUUAUCUAUGAUUUCAUAUGUUUUAAGAUGAUUGAUUAUGUUUUCAUUCAUGAUGUAAUUUAUACUUUCAUAAGUAUAUUGAAGAUUCGUUAUAUGUGUUAUGUACAAUGUCAUAUUCCAGUGUGUCACACUUUGUUGAUCAUUGUAAAUAACAUACUGGAUUGUAAGUUUUGACUUUAUAAUAAAAUCAGUUAAAUUUA